AUGAUUAUCGUAGACACAUGCGUGUUUCGGUUUAGAACGAUUCUAGUGAUCGGUUUAGUGAUCGCGAUGAGACAGUGCUCCGGGCAGUUGUAUCGAUCGGAGAGCGCUGAAGUAGGUCGACGGGUUGAAAACUAUGACAGCCGGUACCAGCAGCAGCCGGCACACGAGCUUGGCUUCGGGUACUACUACCAGGGUGAUAUUAUGUUGCCGACCGAGCCCAAAGGCCAGGACCGGCUUUCGGUGGCCGAGGAGUACACGUCCACCGUAUGGCCGAACGGGAUCGUACCGUACUACUUCACGCCGAACACAUUCUCACCGAACGAGAUCUUCACAAUCGAACGCGCCAUGCAGGUGUUUCACGCGAAAACGUGCAUCCGGUUUGUGCCACGGAGGCUGGAAACGCCGUACUACGUGCAGAUCACGAACCGACCGACCGGUUGCUAUUCGUUUGUGGGUCGUUCAUUAAACAACAGCCGGAACUUGAUGAAUCUGCAGACGCCCGCGUGUCUAACCGGCGGCACACCGAUGCACGAGAUGAUGCACGUUCUCGGCUUUUUCCACGAGCGGAUACAUUCUAUGAGAGCAAUUUAG